GAGGAAAGAGGGCACGGAGGAAGAAAAGGAGAAAGAGAAGCCAAAAGAACCCAAAAUAAAUUGGAGAAACUGGCAGAACUGGGUAGUGGAUCCGUCUGGGGAGUUCUACUACCACUGGCUCCAGGUGAUGACGCUGCCCAUCUUCUACAACUGGGUCAUCAUUAUAUGCAGGGCCUGUUUCUACUCUAUUCAGGAGACCUUCCUGGUUGCCUGGUUGACUCUGGACUACAUUGCUGAUGUCUUCUACAUGAUGGACAUGACCGUGAGGGGCCGCACAGGUUUCCUGGACCAGGGUAUCCUGGUGCAUGAGGUGUCUCGCCUGGCCAAGCGCUACCUCCUCUCCCGCAGCUUCCUCUUGGACUUGGCAUCAGUACUGCCCACUGACCUGCUCUACCUCAGGCUGGGCGUACACACGCCCCUGGUCCGCUUGAAUCGCUUGCUGCGCACUCGUCGUAUGUCGGAGGCCCUAGACCGCAUGGAGACGUGUACGGCGUACCCCAACACCUUCCGCAUCGCCAAGCUCAUGCUCUACAUCUUCGUGCUGAUACACUGGAACGCCUGCUUCUACUUCGCCCUGUCACGCUACGUCGGGUUCGGCAGCGACCGCUGGGUGUACCCCAACAUCUCACGGCCGGAGUUCGCCUCCAUGCAGCGCCAGUACUUCCACUGCUUCUGGUUCUCGGCUCAGAUCUUCACCACGGUGGGGGACACCCCGUUGCCGCGGCGCGAGGAGGAGUACCUCUUCAUGAUCGCCGACCUGCUCAUCGCCGUGCUCGUCUUCGCCACCAUCGUCGGCAACGUGGGCAACGUCAUCACCAGCCUGCGUAGCCGCGACAACGUCUUCUUCCCCAACCACGAGCUGGUCAAGAGCUACCUGGGGCGCAGGACCAUCAGCAAGGACCUGCGCCACCGCGUCAACAGCUGGUACCAGCACCUCUACAUCAACAAGAAGAUCACGCGUGAGAAUGAGAUCCUUCAGCAGCUUCCCGUCUCGCUGCAGACGGAGAUCGCGGUGAGCGUGCACCUGCCCACCCUCUCCAAGGUCACCAUCUUCCAGAACUGUGAGACCAGCCUGCUGGAGGAGCUAGUGCUGAAACUCACGCCACAGGUCUACAGCCCGGGGGAGUAUGUGUGUAAGAAGGGGGACGUGGGCCAUGAGAUGUACAUCAUCAAGGAGGGCAAGCUGGCCGUGGUGGCCGAAGACGGGGUCACCCAGUACGCCGUGCUGGGGGAGGGGCAGUUCUUCGGAGAGAUCAGCAUCCUCAAUAUCAAAGGAAACAAAUCGGGUAACCGUCGCACGGCGAACAUCCGCAGCAUCGGCCACUCUGACCUGUUCAGCCUGUCCAAAGAGGACCUGACGGCCACGCUGAGCGAGUUCCCGGCCGCCAAGCAUCACCUGGAGGAGAAGGGCAGACAGAUCCUCACCAAGAUGGGCAUUCUGGACGACACCGCUACCGACACACAGCCAGAGCCCAUAGAAGACAAGGUAGAUCAUAUGGAGAAGAAGCUGGACUCGCUGCGCACUAAGCUGGCUCGCCUGAUGAUGGAGCUAGAGAGCAGCGUUCUGAAGAUGGAGACCCGUGUGGAGCAGCUGGAACUACAAACGGAGGGAUGGGGGGGCAUAGUCGCCGAGGGAGGAGAGCAGGAAGAGGGGGAUGACAGCGGAGGAGAGGAGGAGGAGAAGAAGAAAGAGGGAGAUGGAAUGGGAGGAGAGGAGGAGGAGGGAGUGAGGGGAGAGGGGGAUGGAGGGGAUGGGACAGAGGAGGAGAAAGGGAAUGGUGUGAAAACGGAGAAGAGUGUAGGAGAGGUGGAGAAGAAGGAAGAGGAGGUAGAGAAAGAGGAAAGAAAAGAGGAGGAGGAGAAGGAGUGUGAGAUGAAGAAUCGGGCCGAAGAGAAGAAAACAGACGAAAAGAAAGAUGGAGGGAUCUAGGUGACCUGUGAAUUAAUUAAACAGCAGUUGUGAAUGAUGUUCAGUAUGUGAUUUGGCUCGACUGCAAUGGCUGUAAUCCAGAAAACAUUCAAAUGAUUGAAAUCGUGUUUUUCAUUGCCCAUGUUGCUCGUAAAAUGUAAAUAAAUAAUAUAAAAAUUAGGGUGAGCGGCCUGAUAUGCACAUUCAUAUGUGUAUUAUACAUUCAACUUUUCUGUUUAAUUUGCAAUGAGACUUUUUAAAAAAUAAUAAUAGGCAAUUUAGAAUGUUUUAAUGUAGGUCUAUUGGAACAGCAAUACUAGGUCUACUUCACAAUUAUGCAAUCUUACAUGUACUGUAUGUAAACGCCCACUAGGUGGCAGCAAACGCAUGAAUGAUACGAGAACCCUAUAAAGUUAUUCUUGCCGAACAUGAAACAAUUUGUUUUGUCAUUGUUGUCACUGUUUUUGGGUUUUAAAUCCACAAAUAGAAGUGAUUUGUAGUUCCCCUAUGUGAACUGGUAGAUCUGGUGGAAAGAGUGUGUUAUGCGCGGUAAUCGCUGAUGAAUUUCAGAAUCCAGAGCUGACAUCGCAUGACAUCUAACAAGUAGCCUAAACCAGGAGUGUGCCGCUCA